AUGAUUGGCCUGGGCGAGGAAGUGGUUGCAGAUCCUUUUUAUACGGUACCACAAAAUUCCACAACAAACGUCAAUCAAAAAUUGGAAUUGCAUGAACUACAACCCUUGGAAAAUUCAACGAAAAAUGUAAAACAAAAAAACUGUCAAUGUCCCCAUUGUGAAAAUAUGGCCAAGAAUUUCCUUUAUCUAGAGAGUCUUAUACGCUCGAAUCACAAUGCCAGCAAUAACUGCAAUGUUUGUCACUCAUCUCUGCAAUAUCUGGAGUAUGUCAAUAAGAGCAUUAUGAAAGUAUUUGGUAACUUUGAUGCUGUGGCACAAGCAGCCAAAGCAUUUGGCCAUAAUAUUAAACCCAAAACAAAACUGGCCAAAUUACGCAGUAGCCAUGCUAAAAGACUUACAGCGUCUAAUCAGUUAAGUCCGAAACAGAUUGCUUCACAUCAUGUUAGGAAAAUGCCAUCAAAUGUUCUGAAGGCUGGGAGAAAGGUUCAAGGUAGUUUUAGCAAAAAUGCAAUUGGUAGUUCGAGGAAACGUAAUAAGAAAUCGAAAUUUAAAAAGAUUGCCAGUAAGCAUAGCGAGGUAAAACCGAUGUCGUUGACUAAUGUAUUGAAGCUAAAGAAAGAGAAAAAGUUAAAGGCUUUAAGAAGUAAAACUAAAAAUUUAUUGCACAAACUUAAAUCAAAGAAAUAG